AUGAAGACGCGAAUUUUUCACCUGCUCACCGUAGCACUUGCGCUGCCGCUCCAGGUCUGGGCUGAAACGCCCCCGAAUUUCCAGCCUUCCACCGACAACCGGCUAGCUGUAGCCUACAACAGCACGACUGUCACGCCAAAUCAACUGUUCCAGCCAGCUGCCAUCGCAAAUGCCCCAACAGUCUCCUACAACCGGACUUUGCAAGGCCCCUACAUGAUUGCCAUGUUCGACCUGUCCAUCACGUACGCCGACUUUGCGGGCCCUACUACCGACCUAGUUCCAGGUCUUGGAACCAACACUACAACAUACCUGCACUGGCUUCGCACGAAUGUGACCCAGACUCCAGGCGCGGUUCUGGGAGGUUCAGCGAACGACACGGCAGCAUAUGUGUCCCCUGCGCCUCCCGCCACAGAUGCGCCGCACACGUACAUCUUGUACCUUUUCCCCCAGCCGACCAACUUCACACUUCCUGCCGUUGAUGCCGGUAGGAACCUGAGCGCUGGAUCUAUGAAUCGUUACAACUUCAGUAUCCAGGCUCUCGCAGACGCGGCAGGUCAGCCAGUCGCGGCAAACUACUUUCGAGCAACGAGCAUGCCGACCAACAGUACUACGAAUGGGACAACCAGCCCUGGGGUCCAGCCGUCUACGGGAAGUGCUGCAAGCUUCAAGAGCUCUGUAUGGUUCACAACUGUUGCUGUUGCAGUGGGGAUUGUAAUGGCAAUGUGA